AUGAGUAAUAUUACCGAAGCUCAUAACGAGUUUGAUAUACAUGCUUGGGCACAAUUUAUAACUAAAUCUAGGGAAGUGGAGCCUCCGUGGUCAGCUACAGUGUUUAUCAGUUUUGUAUACAUAAUAACAAUAACAGGUAUUCUAGAAAAUGUGCUUACGUGUGCCGUUAUAUAUAAUGAUAAAACGAUGCACACAUCUACAAAUUUUUAUUUAUUUAACCUCGCAGUGUCUGAUCUUAUAGUGACUUUCACUGUAUUGCUGGGAGCACCUGACUAUUUCGAAUAUGGACAAUGGACAUGCAAAGUACACUAUUUCUUUAUAGUCGUUUUAUGGAACAAUAGUGUUUUGACUAUUACAGUCCUAUCAAUCGAACGAUACAUGGCGAUAUGGUAUCCUCUGCAGUUUCAGUUAACGCCCAUGUGGCGAAGAGUUUUAAAAAUUAUCACUGCUAUUUGGAUAAUGGCAAUACUAGAGACGAUUCCUGAAUUGUGGACAGUGGACUUGGUGAAAUUAAAUCGAUCUUCAAUAUGCUCUACGGUUCCGACACCGACGGCACGGGUGAUUCAUGGUUUUUUGGGUUUAAUAACUUUCUUGAUCCCCCUGGCAAUUAUGACAUUUGUGUAUAUUAUGAUAGCAUUAAAAGUGAAUAUCACUCAAAAAUCUAAUACCAGUAAUAAGAUAUUUAAUCAUCAUGACAACAGAAGAAAAUUAAAUAAACUUGUUAUAAUUUUGACGCUGUCGUACCUGUUGUGCUGGAUGCCAUUUUUUAUGAUGCGAGUAUUACUCUUCGCUCUUGAAAAUUAUCAACUGAUGGCAUUAGAAAAGUGGUGGAGUUUAGGACAAAGAGUGAUCUACAUAAAUAGCUACUUCAGUGUUGUAUUGAAUCCAAUAAUUUUCAGUCUUAUUUCUACAAAGUUUAGAGAGUCUCUCAAGAGACUGUGGGUGACUAACAUCAAGAAACGCAAACUGAAUAUUGCCGUGGUCUGA